UAAUGUUUAGCACCUGUCCAAGAAAUGCCUUCUAUAAAUAAGUAUUUUCUGUUUCAGACAAAAUUGGUGCAGCUGCUCAGUUUUUCUACAAUUGUGAAUUGCCAAAAAAGGAACAGUAAUUCCUUGGGGACCUCAGAGUUAAAUCCUUUCUCUGUAACGUGAUACUAUGUCAUGGGGCUGUGAUGGAAGUCCAUUAUUGCUAGCUGCUCUUCGAGUUGCUCAAACUGAGAACUGAGAAGUCCUAGAUGAUCCUCACUCUUUUACAACUUCUGUGGCUUUGCACUUCCAUAAUUACUGCCCCUGAUGGCACCCUGCCCCCAAAAUGAAUACUUUGAUCAUUUGCUGCUCUCUUGUACGCCUUGUCAUCUCCGAUGUUCCAGUUCGCCACCGCCUUCGUGUGAGAACUCCUGUGAGCAGCGUACCGAUUCAAGUGGAAUUCUUUGGAUUUGUUUGGGUUUGGGAGUAAUUUUAAUGCUCACUCUGCUCACCUUAUUGGUCCUGUUUAAAAGGAAGCGCCUCAAGCAAUUAAAAGAAAAACUGGAAAACACAGACUCCUCUGUGGAGCUGAAUAAUGUUCUCAAGGCUAAUACUGACAGCAGUGUGAAUACAGAAGAAAUUAGACACGCACUUCAAAGUGAAACAUUAAUGUAUUCAGUGGAAGAAUGCACUUGCAGUGACUGUGGCUUGGUGAAACCUCAGACUGGCUGUGAGACUUCAUUUCCAUUACCAGCUACUGAAGAACGAGCGACUGUUCUAGUUACCACAAAAUCUUUUGAUUAUUGCAACUAUGUUCUGGGUGUUGGAUGACUAUGAGAGUAGUAUAUUUUUACUGUGUAAUAAUAAAUGAGUUAUUCCAGUAUAGUGAUUAAUCUUAAUACUUGCAGUCAGUGGAGGAAGUAGUAUAUUGUCCUUAUAGAUCUUCCACUGAGCUUUCAUUAAUGUUGUCAUAUUAUUUCUAAUGCUAGUAUUUCUCUAGUCAAGUAUUUCUACAAACUAGUUACUGGAAUUUUUAAUUUUUGAAAGCCCUUACAUAGGACAGCCUUUUCUGACCUUAAAGAUUGUAUCUACAAUACAAACCCAUCAAUAAACAAGUGUGCAAAUAUAUGCUUUAUGUUAAACUCA